AUGUCUAGAUACAUAUAUCCUAUUUUUCUCAUGAUUAUUUUCACUUCAGUGAUCCAAGAUGCCUAUGCUGGUGGAGAAGGAUCUCUUCGUUCUGAACAAUGUGUUGGUGCAUGUCAUUAUCGUUGUUCAGCAACUAUGUACAAGAAGGCAUGUCUAACCUAUUGCAAUAUUUGUUGUGCAAAAUGUUUAUGUGUUCCAUCUGGAACAUAUGGUAACAAGGAAGAAUGUCCUUGCUACAAUAAUUGGCAAACUAAGAGAGGAACACCCAAGUGUCCCUAG